CAAAAAGGUAUAACAGAAAGACUCGAGUAAUCAGCUGGCUAUUUUAUAAAAUUAUAUUGGACACAUUAGUUUGUUAUACAGGAAAUGAGCAGAUUUGAUGUUGAGCUACGUCCAGAAUUUGUUUUCCAAGAGCCGCAGCUGCGAGGCAUCUUGGACCGGCUGUCUUCUCGACUCUUUCACUGAGGAUUAUGACUUGAACAAGUUUCUGUCAUUGUUGAGAGAUACAUAUGCUGCAUACUUUUUACCAGUAUGCUUACAAAUUAUUCUCGUUGUGAGCUACAUAAUUUAUGCUGAGGUAAAAUUACGGAAUUUGGGGAAAAAUGUUUAUAAACUUUAUGGUGAACUUCAAGAAUUCCAAACUAAUUUCUGGCAGUGGAACUGUCGCAAGAAAGAAACUAUGGAUAGAGGAUGUAACACAAGCGGAUCUGGAAAACAUGCUAAGAACACAUCAAAGAAAAAUAAAAAAAAACUUACAGAUAAUAAAGUUCUGAGUCGGCAAGACUCUAAGCUUUGUCUUCAAUUGGAUCCAAAACCUACAAAUCUCACUUUGGAUGAGUCACAAACGAAAGAAUUAAGAAAAAAGAAGGACGAUUCCAUCACAGGCUUCCCUGGCAUGGUAACCAGUAAUGAUGUUGAUAUCUUGAUUAUACCAAAAAAUUACAAACCGAUAACUGAAAGAUUGACAAAGCUGUACAGUGUAUUAAAUUCUAAUGAUACACUAGACUUGGACGUACCUUUGAGUACAUUGGACAAUAAAGACAUUCCAAGAUCAUACAACCAAGUGGACAUCGUUGUUCAAUGUUUAAAGCUUGUAAGUUUAAGAAGAAACAAAACCCAUGUUGAAAAACCAGAAAUGAAAAAUGAUACGCAUAAUUUUGGCGGACAAAAAGCCAAGCCUGAUCACAGAACACAACCACGCCUGUCAGAAGAAUUAGUACCGAACAACGCCAAAGUCUUGAACUUAAGACAAAAGGAGAAAGAAAAGAGGUGGCUCAGGUUGGUGGAAUUGCACGAAAAGAAAAAAAGGGAAAGGGAGAGAAAGGAAAAAGAGAUGGCUGAAAAGAAGAUAAAAGAAGUCGAAGCGAAGAAACAACAAGAGGAAAAACUGAGGCGGAAAAGGCUUCUCCAGAUUGCUAAAUUGCGAGCCAAGAACAAAAUAAUGCGACAAUCUACGUUGCAGAGUAUCAAGUUAGAGACUUGGCCAUCUUUCACCACACUUGAACCAGAAGUGACAAAUAAUAAAACUAAUGAAACUAAAUUGAAACGACCAGACAAGACUGUGCUCAUAAAACAACCACAAAUAACUGAAACAAUAAAAGAAGAGAAUAAACCAUUAGAACCAAAGGUGUCAAAGGUCAAAUCUGACUCUACUUUAGUAACAACAUUUUCAUUACAAGGAAGUUUAAGACAAGAGUGUCUGAAAGUUAUCAAGAAAAUGAAUUAUGAAAAUCAACUGGAAAAAGAACUUAAGAGUGAUGAAUUAACUCGUGCUGCAACACCUAAAAAUCAAUCUGAUCAAUGCAACAGUGACAUUUCAGAGAAGCAAAUUUCUUCAGUGAAUUCCUCUAAAAUAGUUUCACACAACAAUCUGAAAAGUUUGUGGAUAAGAGAAAGGAAGCACAAACUUGUAGAACAAGGGUUCUACAAGAAGUUUGAUUCUGAGAUCUGCACCACCAAGCAUGAGCAGUUUUUACAGAGUCAUGCAACAGAACACAAUGCUGAAUUGAAAAUGAAAAAGUGUCGAAAAUCGAGUACAGGGCCAAAAUUGAAUCAUGCAGCACGCCUCAGGCUGCAAAAUAUCAGUUUACCCGGAUCCCCAAGGGCAGAGGACAAAGACAGUAUGAAAUCCUUCUCUGCUCCGACGACGCCUCGAAGGUUCUUCAAUUAAAUAGCAGAGUAAAAUAAAUUUUUAUGCUAAUUGAUUAUAAGAGGAAAUUAUUUAGCCCAGCUUAAGACACAUCUCCGUUUUUUGUUUUGUUUCGUGCGAAGAUGCAAACUGCACAUUUAUAAUUCCUGUUUAAUCAAUAAGGGGUUGAUCUUCAAAGUCAAACUACGAAUUAUUAAACAAUAAAAAUCUUUUUGAAUUGA